UUUCUUCUUGCGGGAGCCGUCACCACGUCCUAAUCAAAUCAUUGUAAUCAUGCUGAUUGUGGACAUUUAAUAGGAACACCAUGAAAUUACGCGCUGUAUGAAUAUUUCGACAUUGGCUCUACUGAUGAACGAAGGAGUUUGAUUGUGCUUGAAUAUCCAAACACAACCACCGCAACUUUGGCGAAGAUCUUAUAUGUGGAUUUGAAAAAAUGUUUUUCGAGGCGACAGUCUUUGUUGUGUUCUUCAUACUGAACAGUAAGUUUUACGUUGUAUUUGGUGGCCAAACAUGUCGAGCAAUAUCAGACACUGCCUGCCCUCAAAGCAUUUCCGAGCACACCGGGGAAUUAGUGCAGCUUAUUCCCAAGUAUCUAACUCGUGAUCAUCCUGAGUAUGAAGUGAGAACACCACCGGCGAUGAGAGAUAAAGUCAACUUAUACUGCGCUCAUCCAGCUUGCUACUCAAGCCCGUGCCUUAAUGGAGGAACGUGUACGGAGGAUCUGUUUGGAUAUAGCUGCUCUUGUGUUGGACAAUACGAUGGGACACACUGCGAACAUCCAGUAUGCCCUGACGGGUGGUUAUACGCGACCACAAAGUGUUUCCAGGUACGUCAUUCAGGGGACGUGAGUACUUACGACAACGCUCGUGAAAACUGCGCGUCUCUUCCCCUUGUCCCCUUGGGUAAUGGGAAGACGACCGGUCCCUCCAUGAUUAACAUUGAGAGCAUCGAAGAGUUCGACAAAAUAAGACCUCUCCUGGAUGGGUAUCUCCUCUGGAAUCACUGUGAAAAAUCGGAAGGACAGUGGAAAUGCUACAGAAAUCGACAAGGGGACUUAAGCUCCUAUCGAAACUGGGCUGAGACCCAGCCGGGCACUAUCCCUGGUGAGAAUUGCGGUCUGGUCUACCUGUCUAACGGUGAGAUGCAUGACUACCCCUGUGAUCAGCCAGCAGCCGCCGUGUGUCAAGUCAUCAUAUAGUGGUCAAAGGGGAUGUAGUUCUAAGCCCAAUGAAGCCAGCCAUCGUCUGUUUUUACGACAACCAAGCUAGUAUUCUACGGAAGUCCCGGUAUGAUAGGGCUUAUUUAGUCAGAGUACGCCUCAUGAAUAUUCAUGGCCAAAGGAUAUAUCGUAAUUUCAACGAUCCGCUUGACUGAUGUGGCGUGAUCAGUAAGACGAUGCGUUAUUGCGAGUUUACUGCAAUCAAGACUGGUGACAGAGGCUAGAACCUCGCCUUGAACAUUUAUAAACAUUUUAUUUAAUUAAAACUGAGGCAAGAUUAGAAAAAAAAUACAAUUCCAAGACUUGAAGCCGCCAAAAAAUACUUUCGGACCCGCUUUGCUACGGAAAAAAGGGUACACCCCACCAGGCACAAGAGGGUUUUCUGAAAGCGACGCAGAACAAAUUCAGGAACUCAGAAAAUAUAUUGACUAUAACCGUCAUAUGAAAAUGAACAACUGGGAGGUAUUUAUUGAAACUUGGCGAACCAGAAUAGCAGAUUUGUCCUUAGUUUUGGGGAUUGAUUUGAAUGCAGAAUUACAGCAGUAUCACCAAUUUACCCAUCUUUAUUCAACGUCAGUGAUCUUACUAUUUAUGUGAACAUAUUACCUCUAUAUUCAUCUUCAUUACCUGUAUAUUCAUCUUCAUAUUCAUCUUUGCUUUUUAGUGGAUCCCCUCAUUUUCAUUUCCAUAUCCAUUUAUGCUCUAUA